GAGGCUGAGGCAAGAGGAUCAACACACUGCGAGGUCGGGAUCGUCCUUUGGGAGAGCAGGGAAAACGCCGAGGCACUGCUAGUAUUUAAAAUUACAAAGUCAGCUUCACAUAAGAGUCUUAACAGUUUUUAAAUUUCAUACAAGUAGCCACCGCUAACGAUGAUGAACGGACAGAUGAACGGUUUUCAUAACUCCCUCAUUGACGAGGACUGCUUCUUGUUCACCUCAGAGUCGGUCGGAGAAGGACACCCCGACAAGAUCUGUGAUCAGAUCAGCGAUGCAGUUCUCGACGCCCACCUCAAGCAGGAUCCUGAUGCCAAAGUUGCAUGUGAGACUGUUGCCAAGACUGGGAUGAUCCUGUUGGCAGGUGAGGUAACAUCGCGUGCCACAGUGGACUACCAGAAAGUUGUCCGUGAUACCAUCCGCCUAAUUGGAUACGAUGACUCCUCCAAAGGCUUUGACUAUAAGACUUGCAAUGUUCUUGUGGCCUUGGAGCAGCAAUCUCCUGACAUUGCUCAGGGUGUUCACAUCGACCGCAACGAGGAGGACAUUGGAGCUGGGGACCAGGGUUUGAUGUUUGGCUAUGCCACUGAUGAGACUGAGGAGUGUAUGCCUCUCACCAUUGUCCUUGCCCACAAACUGAAUGCUAAGAUGGCUGAACUGCGACGCAAUGGUACCCUUCCAUGGCUACGGCCAGACUCGAAGACACAGGUUACAGUCCAGUACCGCCAGGACCGUGGCGCCAUGCUCCCAGUGCGUGUGCACACAAUUGUCAUCUCUGUUCAGCACGAUGAAGAUAUUUGCCUGGAGGAGAUGAGAGAUGCUCUGAAGGAGAAAGUCAUCAAGACUGUUGUUCCCUGCAUCUAUUUGGAUGAUGACACCAUCUACCACCUGCAGCCCAGUGGACGAUUUGUCAUCGGAGGCCCACAGGGUGAUGCUGGCCUCACUGGACGUAAGAUCAUCGUUGACACUUAUGGAGGCUGGGGAGCCCACGGUGGUGGAGCCUUCUCUGGGAAGGAUUACACAAAGGUGGACCGAUCUGCUGCCUACGCAGCACGCUGGGUGGCCAAAUCUCUGGUGAAGGCUGAGCUCUGCAGGAGAGUGUUGGUCCAGGUGUCCUAUGCCAUUGGAGUUGCCCAUCCCCUCUCCAUUUCUAUCUUCCACUAUGGGACCUCCCACAAGAGUGAGAGGGAGCUGCUUGACAUUGUGAAGAAGAACUUUGAUCUCCGUCCAGGAGUCAUUGUCAGGGAGCUGGAUCUGAAGAAACCCUUGUAUCAGAGGACCGCAGCCUAUGGCCAUUUUGGCCGAGACUCCUUCCCAUGGGAGGUGCCCAAAAAACUCAAAUACUAAACAUGUUAAGCUUUUCCCCCCAGGCUUGUUGGUGUAUACUACAGAGAAGCCUCCAAGGUUCCAGGGGGUGAAAUGCCCUUAUCUCUCAUAAUAUUGGUAACAAUAAUUGGUAACAUUUAACACAUGACUCCCUUACUCACUCCACCUCUUUGUCUUGUUACUGUUUUCUGCUGGUUGCAGUAUCAUGCUGGGUCCUAGGUGGCACGCCUCAGAAACUUGAUGUUUAAAUAAUUGGAUGGGUUCCAUGAACUCAUGCACCAUAGUGCUUAAUGUUCUCCCGCGUCUUGAGGUUCCCCUGCUUCUUGUUGUGAUAGAUCCCAAAUAGCUGCGUUCAGUUGCUCUCCUUUUGGCAUUCCAGCGUCAGUGUCAUCAGUCUAUUCAGUGUCACGGCGGUAGCAUAUUAGGCUAUAUGCGUUACCCCUCUUAAUUUACUGGUGCUACUGAUAUAAGGAGUCUGUGCAUCUAAAAGUUUACAAGUCCAUUUAGAAGCAUCAUUUAUUAGUUGGAAGGUCCUGUGAUCUGGCAUGUUCCUAAACAGGUUUAGCUUCUUUCUAAACAUUCCUCCUUUGUCAGUCUGGUACAACAAUCCCUGACCUAGUGUUCUUUAUCCUUUUUGUUAGCGUUAUUCCCUCGUCUUUGUGGAGGAUGCUAGGAAUGGCACAAUUAAGAUUCAAGGUUUUUUGCUAUUUUCACUAAAAAAUGCUAUGCAUUGCAGGCUAACGGGCGAGCCAAAUCGUAAUUAUUCAAGCUCUCAAGUGAGCAUAAAAUCUCAGAUGCCCCUGCAGACCGUUGCUGUUUUCUGACGUAAUACAGAAAAGUCAGAAGCUGCUAUGUCACUGCUCUGGUCUGCAGAGGCAUUCGUUAUACUUGAUAGUGAGGGUGAAAAAUUGGAUUGUUUAUGCAUUGAAAUUCAAUUUUAAAUGAGUCCUUUUUAAAUGUAGUUUCACUUGCUUUUUUAUGGUUUGAAGUGACUUAAGGCUCUCUAACCCCUUAAGUAUAUUGAUGGCAGGUGUAGCUACAGAGAAACCUGAUUCCCAUCUUUAUCCUUAAAGGGGUGUGCUCUUUGCCACAGCUUCUUAUUGGCUAGGAGUCAAACCUCAACACUAUUUAUUUGUUCUCUGAAACUCGGCGUGGAUACAGAGAAGCUGAAGUUUCAGAAGGCAGCUUUAAACACAUUGAAUCUUGAAUUCCUUUUGACUUGAUCAUUUUUCAGUGUUGGCUUGAGGCCCCAGAGUGUCCUACAGAAAAGCUUUGGACCGCCUCAACAUGAAAGUGUCACUGGCUACUGUUAAUGACUAUUUUACAACCUUUUUUAUUUUGGGACUACAGAUUUUAUUUUUUAGGUGGGCUAGUUUUAAACCUCAUUAAAAUGUCUGGUACAAUUCAUUAGCUCUUACCUAUCCUAUCCUCAUUAAUGGGAUGGCAAUAUUUGGUUGGUGUAGUACAGAGAAACCAGCCUUGUUUACAUGGCCAUCUCAUUUGUUGGAUAGUUUCAAGUUUUGUUUUCGUUUCUCUUUACCACUCGGAGGGCAUCCCGUUGGUUACAGUAAGUUAAGAGUGCCUUUUCUAUUUCCUCUACUCCCCAUUUGCUUUUUUCCCGUCCUACCAACAUACGUUCAACUUCCAGAGGAACAAGUUGCUCAUACUGUAUUAUGCUUCAUGUCUAGAAUGGGUAGUUUCCUUAUGCUCUGUAAUAAACUACUCCUUUCAAAUG